GAGCCGAGUGUCUAGCUAAGGUGGACCGGAGGCAGGUAAAGGGUCCCGCCCCGUGUAACGGGAGCCCGGCCGGAUGACCAGUGGCUGCGAUUCCGUCCGGAGCCCGGAAACACUUCGAAAAAAGCACAGAAGAAACAUCCCUGCCCGGGCCACGGUUAAGUGAGGACGUGCUGGGGAUGCAGGUCGGCCGUCUCACACUGUGGAUCUCCGCGGUCCCGUCUGUGAGCCAUGUCUCAGGGGUCAGUGACAUUCAGAGAUGUGGCCAUAGACUUCUCCCAGGAGGAGUGGAAAUGGCUUCAGCCUGCUCAAAGAGAUUUGUACAGAUGUGUAAUGUUGGAGAACUAUGGCCAUCUGGUCUCACUGGCAGGUCUUUCCAUUUCUAAGCCAGAUGUGGUUUCCUUAUUGGAGCAAGGGAAAGAGCCUUGGCUCGGGAAAAGGGAUAUGAGAAGAGAUCUGUUUUCAGUUUCACAGUCAAAUGAUGAGAUCAAAGAGUUUUCUCCAAAAAAUGUUGUUUAUGGUGACUCAUCCCAGUAUUUGAUAAUGGAAAGAAUUCUAAGCCAAGGCCCUGUGUAUUCCAGUGUCAGAGGAGGGUGGAGAUGCGAGGAGGAUACUGAGAUGCUGCAAGGAAAUCGGGCAUGUGUCAGGCAAGUGGCAGUCUCUCAUCAGGAAGCCUUGGCUCAGCAUGUGAGUGUCAACUCUGUGGAGAGGCCCUAUGGAUGCCAGGAUUGUGGAAAAUCUUUCAGUAGGCGCUUUUCCCUGGUGUUACACCAGAGAACUCACACGGGAGAGAAACCCUACGUAUGUAAGGAAUGUGGCAAAACCUUUAGCCAGAUCUCAAACCUUGUGAAACAUCAGAUGAUACAUACUGGAAAGAAACCCCAUGAGUGUAAGGACUGUAAUAAAACAUUCAGUUAUCUUUCAUUCCUCAUUGAACACCAGAGAACACAUACAGGGGAGAAACCUUAUGAAUGUGCUGAGUGUGGAAAGGCCUUUAGCCGUGCCUCAAACCUCACUCGACAUCAGAGAAUUCACAUAGGAAAGAAACAAUAUAUCUGUAGGAAAUGUGGAAAAGCCUUCAGCAGUGGCUCAGAACUCAUCCGCCACCAGAUUACACAUACUGGAGAGAAACCUUACGAAUGCGUUGAAUGUGGGAAGGCGUUUCGCCGUUUCUCGCACCUUACUCGACAUCAAAGCAUCCAUACAACCAAAACCCCAUAUGAAUGUAAGGAAUGUCAGAAAGCCUUCCGUUGUCACUCAUUCCUUACUAAACAUCAAAGAAUUCAUGCUGGAGAAAAACUCUAUGAAUGUGAUGAAUGUGGUAAAGUUUUCACUUGGCAUGCAUCCCUUAUUCAACAUAUGAAAAUUCAUACUGGAGAGAAACCCUAUGCAUGUGCUGAGUGUGGCAAAGCCUUCAGUCGGAGCUUUUCCCUCAUUCUACACCAGAGAACUCACACUGGGGAGAAACCUUAUGUCUGUAAGGUAUGCAACAAAUCCUUCAGCUGGAGCUCAAACCUUGCUAAACAUCAGAGAACACACACUCUAGAGAACCCCUAUGAAUAUGAAAAUUCAUUUGAUUACCACUCAUUUCUUACUGAACACCAGUGAAUUGACACUACAGAGAAAACUUAAAAUGUAUGGGAUAUUAGAAAACAUAAUGCCUUACCUUUCCUUCAGAGAACUCUUGGAAAGAAGCCUUAUAUGAAUACGAUGAAUGUGAAGAAAUGUGUCCCAUACCUUAUCUAACAUCUUGGAGAAAACCCCCAGGAAUCUGUGAGAAAGCCAUAGUAGCUGCUUAUUCUUUUUGCAGUAAUAGAAGAUGGAAUCAAUAUUGAGAAGAUUCUUAUCAGGUAAUAUUGAAAGGAUUUCAUUUGAUAGGAUUCCCUUACUCUACAUUUGUAAAUUCCUCUGAGGAAAGAGCACCUAUACAAUAGGUGUGAGAAAGCCAGAGAUCAGCCCUCAUUCUGCCAUCUGUCAGCUCAACCAGGACAGAAUGCAUGAGUAAGGAAUGAGCUUUGCAAAGAUGUACUUUGGACAUCAGAAAAUUCAUAUGUAAGCAAAGUGAUACAAACAUGGUAAUUGGGCAAUGCCUUUAUGAUGUAAUAUUUAUUACAUUUUUAAAUACUCUUUUAGUAGGGAAAGCAAUUCUAUAAGUGAAUGUAGGGUAACUUUCUACACUAUUUCAAACCUAUAAGAGAAUUAUACUAGGGGAAAACUACCAUUGUAAUGAAUGUAGCAAAACCUUAGAUAUCUGAGAAGUAAUACUAGAUGGAAUCUGUGGGAAGAGGUCUUAUUUUGGAGGAGGGGGAAUUGUUUUUUAAGUGAAUUCAGAAAAGAAAGUUAUGAAUAAAUCUUUUGAUGUAUAAUAAA